GUUUGGUGUUUAACGGUCAAGUCCCUAGGAGCAUCUCUUAACGUUAAACUUCCUGCCUAGUUUCAAGGGCCAGUUGAAGCGACUGUUGGUGGAAACAGACGUCAACAUUACCCUGUCCUGUGUGAGCCAUGGAAGCCACUCAACUGAUCAGUGACUCAAUCUUGGAGUCAGAUGAGGAAGAAACUAAAGAGGAGAAUGAAAACAAGAAGAGACUGCCGUUGGCAAAACUGUGCAUCUUAAAAAAUGAACACAUCCCUGAGACAGAGUUGCCCCUCUUUUUGGGAGAUAAUGUGGUGGGCCGCGACCCCAACACCUGCAACCUGCCCUUGUCAGCAGCCUCAAUAUCCAAGCAGCACGCCACCAUCAGGCUCUCUGUCCACAAGAGAAGAGGUCGUCGCAAUGACGUCGACAUGGAGGCUUUGAUUUGGGACCUAGGGAGCAUGAAUGGGACCCGCAAGGGCCGCUUCAAGCUGACUCCUAACGUACGCUAUGCCCUCAGUGAAGGUGACAGUUUGGUGGUGGCAGACAUCCCAUGUCAAUAUGUCAGCUGCACGAUAGACACAGUCUCAUCUAAAGGGGACAUGAUGACUCCUGUGAGCAGGAAUUCAGGGUUAAAUGCCAGGAUGCCAGAUGCCGUGGGAGAAAAGGGAGGUGACACAAGCACAGGCAGCAAGAAAUGUGUCAAUGGGUCUAUGGUGCCAUUACCUGGUCAGGAGGACACAAGGAAGACUCCUGUCAGAACCAGUUGCCUUUCCUUUGAGCAAACUCCAACCCAGCCAGAGGGGUCCCUGGUUCCAGAAUCUGACUCGGACUCAGACGAGGAAAAAGGGGAAAGAAGGCGCAAGGCUCCAGUGUCCGAUUCUGACUCCCUUAAAUCAGGUCCCACCUGUUCAACAUUCCUGAGUCCAACAAACAAAAUCGUCCCUGAAAGUGAGGAUGAAAGUCCCAUCACACCGUCCUCCUCCACAACAAAUAGGCCUUCCAGACAUGUCAGCUUCAUUAUGGAGGAGCCAGACGUAGAUAUGAGGCAACAGCAGCUAAAGAACGAGAAGACACUUAAAAUUGUGGCCGACGGUGACGAGGAGGAAGAAAGAGCCGCGCUGGAAGGGAGACACUUUGAAGAAAGUGAACAGCAUGUGCCAGGGGAACAGGAAAGCAAUGUCAGUCUCACCGGAGAAGAUAAAAUGCCCGUAUUUUCCCCAGCAGUCUUAACAGAUGCGAUCCCUGUAUUUGACAUGGGCAGUGACAGUGACACUGAUGUGGAGGGAGAGGAGGCGUGUGUGGCAUCUGCUGGCCCGGUGACCUUGACUACAAACCAACAAGCUGAUCAGCCACCAAACACAGCCCAGUUUCACAUGGACAGUGAUUCAGAUUUCGAUGAGGAUGAGGAUGCCUUACACGGAGUUCCCACAUCUGCGCCUUCCUCUGCUGACCCCGCUAAACCUCCUCAUGUUAUUUCAGUUAUUCCAUCAGAAGGCAUCACUAUGGACAGCGAUACUGAUGUGGACGAUGACUCCGUGUCAGACGCUGCUAUUAAAGCAAAACCAACGUCACUUCAAAGCACACCCGCGGCAGACGAUUUUCACCUCGACAGUGACACAGAUAUUGAUGAGGAAGAAGAAGGAAAGCAAUGUGGAACAAAUAAUUCAUGCUUUGAAGUAGAUGAAACUCCUACGAGAUUAGAUAUCAAGCCAACCGGGCCUGAAUCCGUGGCUGCUGCGCCUCACAGCCUGAAUCUAGACAGCGACACCGAUGAUGAAGCCGUUCCGGCCGCUGCCGUCAGUGACCUCUCGGCGGUGUCUGCCGUUGCCGGGUCUGUCGCCACUGCGGCUGCAGGAGCUGGUUUGGAGGUUCUGUCGGACAGUGACACAGAGGAGGAAGACGAUUCUCCGCCGCUCGUCCCUGUGGUUGUCUCGACCCCGUCUGUCGAUCCUGGAACCAGGUCAGAAGCUCUUCAGUCAGAUUCUGACGCAGACACAGAUGUUGAUGAAUCCAGCGUGCCCCCUGCUGGGGGCGCAGUCAAGCCAGUGGACAGUGACACGGACGUGGAAGAUAAGGAGGUGGAGUUUGGCGAGGCAGGUAAGAACCAGAUUCCUAGCCUGCGCAGAGAAAAUACACCCGGGCUGCUGGUUCCCCUUCAGCAGAACUGCUCUACGCCGGUUCAUGUGUCAGAAGGAGGACUGGAAGAGAUGGAGACUCAGGCGUUCCUGAUUCCCUCAUCAUGUCCACUUGGACAUGCCAUACCUAUAGAAUUGUCUCCCUGCACCGACAGCCUGGAGGAUGACCUGUGUGCUGUGGCUGAGACCCAGUCCUUCAUUCUUCAGACCAGAGACUGCCAGGGCAACCCUCCAGAGGACCACAACGAGGACCCCACCCAGUCCUCUGAUGAUGAAAAAGACAAACGUUGUAUUCAAGGAGGCUCUUUCCAGCUGGGAUUGUCCGACAGCAGCCACCUGGAGGCUCAGGCCCGAGCUCUGGCCAAUGAGGGCACCCAAGAUUUUGUCUCUGUGGUGGAGGGAACACAUCUGGAAGAUACCCAAGCAUAUGCAGACAUAACUUCCUUGGAGGAUGAUUCAAAUCUGCAGGCCUACGGAGAGGAUGAGGAACCUGCAAGAUGUCCAGCAAUGUCUGAAAAAGAAGAUUUAGCCCUGGAAGCAACACAGGCUUAUAUCUCAGAGCCCAACAGUAGUUCAGAGGAUGAAACUUAUGAAGAUGAGGAAAAAAACACUGCUACUGCUGAGACUCAGCCAUUCUACCUUCCCACCUCAUCUACUUUUGCCAUGGCUGAAACCCAACCAAUGUUUGUCUUAGAGGAGGAGGACGAGGAGAGUUCUGAUGAAGAAAAUCCUAUUUCCUCUGUACGACAAGUGAAGUCCAGCCCACAGCAUGUAACAGAAGAGGGAGAAGAACACAUGGAGGCAACUCCACCUCAGGAGAGGCACCUCCAUGGUGAUCUUUCUGUGGCUGAAACUCAGCCCAUGCAUGUAAGUGAAAUUGAGGAAAGUGAUGAUGAGGAAUUGAUUCCACGAAAAAGAAGAGCACAGCCACAGCAGCUGGAAGAGGAGCAGACACAAUCGCUCACAAGUGAGUUUUCACUUACUGAAACGCAGCCGAUGCACAUUGCGGUUGCUGAAACGCAGCCAGUGGCUACAAGUGGGAAUCAGGAAAGCGAUGUUGAGGAUUCAAUUCCAGGUCCACGGAAAAGAAAAGCCAAGCAACUGUGGCUCGAAGACGAGCAGACACAACCAGUCACACACUCUGAGCUCACCACUGUCGAAACGCAGCCCAUGAUCGCAGGUGAAGAGGGAGAAAGUGAUGAAGAGGACUUGAUUCCAGGUCCUAGAAAAAGGAGAGCAAAACCAUUGCCACUUGAAGAGGAGACACAGUCUUUCACAAUGUCUGAGGUCUCUGCUGAUGAAAGCCAGCCCCUGGUGGCAGGUGGAAGAAGAAAAAGAAGAGCGAAGCCAAUUGAACAAGAGGACACACAGCCACUCACACACUCUGAGGCUUCCACUGAAGAAACUAAAACUGUCCGACAAUCUCAGCGUGGAAGAGGGAUACAACCUGAAACUGGAACCAGUGGCACGAGUAUUGGGGGUAGAAGAAGGACACGGGCAAGAUUAAGAGAAGAGGAGGAGCAGGCAGAGUGUUCUGACUCUCCCAAGAGACCGGCAAGAGGGGAAAUUAAGGCUUUGCCAACUACUAGAGGAAGGAGGGGAACUUCAAGGCCUGCGGAGGAGGAGGAGGAGGUAGAGCAGGCUACACCUGCUAGAGGGAACAAAUGUACGAGGCAUCAGAAAGAUAGCGAGGAAGAGGAGGAAACGCUUGAAACGGAAAGAAACAACUCUGAAACUAACUUGAUAGAGGAACAAGAAAAAAGGAGGGAAGAACGAGACAAAUUAGAAAGGGAAAGAAAAGAUAAAGAAGAGCAAGAAAGAGUGCAGGCUGCGGAAGAACAAUUGGAGAGGGAAAUAAAGGAGAAGGAAGAACAGAGAUUAGAGCAAGAAAAGGCAGAAAGAGAAGAGAAGGAGAGACCGGAAAAGGGAAGGAAGAAGGAAGAAAAAGAGAAAUUAGAGAGGGAAAAGGCUGAAAGAGAAGAGAAGGGGAGAAUGGAAAAAAAUAGGAAGAAGGAAGAAAAAGAGAGAUUAGAGAAGGAACGGGUAGAAAGAGAAGAGAAGCAGAGAAUGGAAAAGGAAAGGAAGAAGGAAGAAAAAAUGAGAUUAGAUCGUGAAAAGGCAGAAAGAGAAGAGAAGGAGAGAAUGGAAAAAGAAAGGAAGAAGGAAGAAAAAGAGAGAUUAGAGCGUGAAAGGGCAGAAACGGAAGAAAAAGAGAGAAUGGAAAAGGAAAAGAAGAAGAAAGAAAAACUGAGAUUAGAGAGGGAAAGAGAAGAGAUGGAAAGAAUGGAAAAAGAAAGGAAAAAGGAAGAAAAACUGAGAUUAAAGGAGGAGGAAAAGGAGAGAUUGAAGACGGUAAAGAGGGAACGAGAAGAAGGACUUGAGAGGGAGAGGAAGGAACAAGAAAAAGAGGCCAAAGAAAAAAAGAAAAAAGCAAACGCCCCCAAAACAAAAGGGGGGAGAGCGGCCCCGUGUGCAACAGAGCUACGCCAUCAGAGCUCCACCCAGAUGGCCCUUGAUGAUGUCCCAGCAAGGAGAACCCGGUCUCGCUCCAACUCUUCCAACUCCGUCAGCUCGGAGCGGUCUGCUUCCAGCGUGACCACCCAGGAGAGCAGGGGGCGGGGCCGAGGAGCCAAGAGGGCCGGUGCCCCGCCCCCGGCAGCCAUCGCCAGAAGAAGCAACAGACGGAGGACUGUAGCUGCAGAGCCAACCCAGCAGGACAGUUAUGAGACUCCACCUCGGGGAGGGCGCUCCAGGUCCAACUCCACCAGCUCUGAGAUUUCCAGCUACAGCUUGGGCUCUCAAAGCAGAGGAAGAGGAGGCCGGCAGCGAGGAAGAGGAAGGAAGGCAGAAUCAGACUCCAUCCCUCCUAUCAAUAGUCAGAGUGGCCAGAAUGUGGCUCCCACACCUGCGACCAGAGGCAGGAGAGCAGAGGAAUCUUCUAACGAGGUUCCCCCUGACCACGAGGAAGACGAGGGUCAGCAGGCUCGUACCACUAGAGGGCGACAGCGAGCUCAUGCAGAUGUCUCUAAACCCUCUGCUGGGGAUAAGACGUCCCCUUCAAGCGCCCGUGAAGAUUCACCUCUGCCUAAAAGGAAUGUCAGGGGCCGAGGCCAAAGGGUGGUAAAGACUGAGACUGUGGAGACACCAGUAGCUCCUGCAGUCAGUGGCGGGGAGCGGGCGAAAGGGAAAAGAAACGGAAGAAAAAGAGAGUUGGAGGCGAAUCCGGAUGAGGAUGAUGCCAUCUGUAGCUCCAAAAUACCCAAAGGGAAGGCGAGAGCCCAAACGACCGAGGCAGCAGAAGGGGAAACGAGAGAUGAGAGUCAGGUCCAAGUUAAGAGAAAAGGUCGGGCAUCCGGCGCUCGGGCCAAGAAGGAUGCUAAAGAUUCCUCCGCUGAAUCGGAGAGUGAGAACAUGGAGGAGGGGAGAGUUGAGAGGAGAGUCAGAGGUCGGCCAUCAGUGGUCCAGAUACUGAAGAGAGAGAAGCGGGAGGAAAGCGGAGCGUCUUUUGACCAGGAGGAAUCAGAGACUCCGACCAGCAUGGCAUCCCGGAAGCGACGGGCUCUUGUGGACGCCUCACCUGUGGCCAAGACCUGCCGCUCCUCCUCUGCUUCCCCGGCAGCCGGCGGCCAAUCACGAGCUGCCAGACAGGCCUACAAGGUGCUGUUCACAGGUGUGGUGGAUGAAGAAGGGCAGAGAGUGUUGGAGAGUUUGGGAGGCGGCAUGGCUCAAGGAGUGGCCGACAUGAACUACCUGGUGACGGAUAAGGUGCGCCGGACGGUCAAGUUCCUGUGUGCGGUGGCGAAAGGAGUCCCCAUUGUCAACACUCUCUGGCUGGAUGAGAGUGGUAAGGCUGGGAGCUUCCUGUCUCCUAAUGCUUUUGUUGUGAAGGACCCCGAGCAGGAAAAGAAGUUCAGUUUCUGCCUGCAGGAGUCUCUGAGGAUUGCCGGCAGUCAGCGUCUCCUGCAGGGCUAUGAGAUCCAUGUCACCAAGUCAGUGAAGCCAGAGCCGGUUCACAUGAAAGACAUAAUCUCCUGCAGUGGAGCGACCUUCCUUUCGAAGAUGCCCUCUUCUCACAAGCCUCAGACUGUGGUGAUUUCCUGUGAGGAGGACUGGCCGCUCUGUGGCCCGGCCCUCUCUAAAUCUCUCCCAGUGGUCACAGCGGAAUUCAUUCUCACAGGGAUCCUUCGGCAGAAAGUCGACCUCCAGACCCACAAACUGUCCGCCCCUGCAAAGCCGCUACAGCUCGCAGGAGGAAGGGGACGAGGCAAGAAGACGUAGCACCGCUAGGGUACACUGUAUAAUAUAAUAAAAACAACAGUAAGUUGUCAUGUAAAUCUAAAUAUUUGCACGGAGGAAGUCUGCCACAGUGCAGCUUUUCCAUGACACAUAGAUUCCAUUUAAAAUCAGAGUGUAGUCGAUCCAGUCGUGGGCCAGCUGUUUGUCUUUAUGAAAGACUUGAAGAAUGUAUUGCAACAUAUUGUGGAUUUUGAGUGGGUGUAAUUUAAGAGGUUCAGCUGUUGCGCAGCAUACCGGUCUGUAAGACAGCGAUGGAAGAAACAUAACUUGCCACGUCCGUCUUGGUAAAUUAUUCUUACAAGUGUCCUUUUUGCCUUGCACGUGAUUUUAAAGUUGUAAAAUCUUAAAGCGGUGUUGAUGCUCUGCAGGGUGGGACAUAAUUACCCAUCGACCGUUUCAAGUCUCUUUGUACGGUAACAAGCGGAGCAGGAAUUAACGCUGCCACGGUGAAUAGCGGCUGCUCUCUCUGCGUGCCGAGUGCUUUGGCUCAAUCCGCCAGUUUGGCAGGUAACCAGCGAUGAAGUGGGAGUUGUGUAAUCAUGUUUGGGUGGUGGAGUAGUAGAAGCGGGGGGGGGGGGGCGGGUUUUAAAUGCAUCAGCUACGGUGGCCAGUGGAUGAAAUAAUAAGCUUGUUUCUCCGUCCUGAUAAGCGCAGAGUGUCUUUUUAUAUCGAGGUAAUCAUGAACCUAUUGUGUCUUUUUCUCUUACUCAUUAACGACCAUCACCUACUCCAUUCCCACUUCAUCCAUCCAGGGGUGAGACGUGAUAUUCAGGAGCCUGAAUGCUUCCUCAGCGAUAUCUCAUGGCCAUACGUGGAUCUGCGAUGUGUUUAUGUGUCCAUGCGAUGUUCAAAAUGACCAGUACACAGAACUCGCUCCUGACAUAUCUCUGUACCAUUUGGUGUUUUAAAAGUGGAUCCACUAGCUUGUAAUUCAACUUGAUUUUUAGAACUACCAAAUAGCUAAUAUCUGUAAAAAAAAAAAGAGUUAUUGCCUAUGAAAACAUUAAAUGCUGUUGAUAUUA